GUGUGUGAGAGAGAGAGAGAGAGAGAGAGAGAGAGAGAGAGAGAGAGAGAGAGAGAGAGAGAGGAAGAUCCUGUUGAAGACUUCCUGAAUGGGCCACAAUGCCGGAGUGGACAAGAACAACAGCAGGAGAAGAAUGAGACUUCACCAACACACAGGUGCCCAGUUUCUGUUCUCCCAAUUAGAUACGUUGAGAAUGGAUGAGGAUUCUGUUCUGCCAGGCGUGGAUGUCGUCCAGCAUGAAAGUCAGCUUUUGAAAAGGGAUCUAUGAAGAUAGCGCCACAAGUCUUCAGCCGAUGCACCUCUCCAAGACUUACCUAUUAGAAAGAAAAGUUCGGUGUAAAGGAGCUUCAUAGGAUAGACAAAAUGUGUCAUGUCAUUGUAACAUGCCGGUCUAUGCUUUGGACCUUGUUGAGCAUUGUGGUGGCUUUUGCUGAGCUAGUGGCCAUCAUGAGUCCUGAUUGGUUAGUCGGGAUACACCACCCGUCUCAGUACAAUGCCUCAGCUACAGGACCACCGGAUCCUAAACCACCUACGCUUGGCCUGUACAGUCGCUGCAUCCGAGUGUUUCAGCAUAAGACGGUUGAGUGUGGACCAUAUGCUGCAGACUUUACAGAGAUUGCAAGUGGAUUCUGGCAGGCCUCUAUUAUAUUCCUGGUUGUUGGAAUCUUCCUGCUGUCCAUAGUGGGAUUCCUCGCAGUCUUUAGCAUGUGCUUUCAGAGCAUCCUGGGGAAAAGCAUCUUUAAUGUGUGCGGCCUACUUCAAGGCAUAGCAGGCCUGUUCCUGAUGCUCGGACUGAUGCUUUACCCAGCAGGCUUUGGCUGUGAUAAGGUGGUCAGCUACUGUGGCCCUGAAGCUUCUCCGUAUAAACCGGGCCAGUGUUCAGUGGGCUGGGCUCUCUACACCGCGAUAGGAGCGACGGUGCUCACUUUCGUCUGUGCCAUGUUCUCUGCCCAAGCUGAGAUCGCCACCUCCAGCGACAAGGUUCAAGACGAGAUAGACGAAGGCAGGACGCUCGUCUGUGUGCUGUGAAAUGUCUCGCAUCUAUAGGAGAAAUGAUUCUCUCAGAGUUACUAGCUCUACGUUUACAUUGUUUUGCUAAGGCCGCACUGCUGCGCUCGUUACCAAGACCGGUGCGGUGUUACACAGAGCUCUCUUUGUGAUAGAUUUCUGAGAGACUGUAACUUGAUGAUAGAUGAUUUUUUUUGCCAAAUUCUAAAUGCACAGUUACUUAUAAAAAGUAGUAUUUUGAAAAUGUAAUAGCUUGAUAAUUCUGUAAAUUGUAUAAAAGGUUAGCAUUGUAGGCCAUGAAGUAUGAGCUAUGAAUAUAAGAGGAUGCCUAGCUGUAUAUCAUACAUAUUAGGAACAUAAAUUUCACCUGAAAGUAAAAAUCACUUGUCUUGGGGAUGUCCUGAGGAGCAUUAUCUGAGGUGAAGCUAUGAUUCUUCAGGUUUCAUUACCUUAGAAUCAAUGGAAACCAGCAAGAACAAGUUUGUAUGGCUUCUGAAUUUCAUUUAUUCCUGUUUAUGUACUUCUAUUUAGCUCAAAUAAUCCACUUAGAGCUCAAGGAAGCACUAAUAUGUUGUAAUGAUUGUAUCCUGCAGUGUUAGAAACAGAGUGUUCUCUGUUCAUAAAGGUACAACAGCCGUGAAUGCGAUAUCUGUAACACAAUAUGUGAGCCCAUUUACUAAUAUUUUUGUCAUAAUUUUUUUUUUAAGGUAUCUAGUCAUUCCUGAGGGUAGGUUUAAUGCUCCAGGAACAACAUCAUUUAUUUUUUAGCUUUAUCUAUAUUUAGUUCUUUUUAGUUGUGAUGGCAACAGGCGACAUAUGUAGUGCAAAUAAAGCAGAAUGCUGCAUUUCAUUCUUAUCAUUCUCACACACGUUUGUCAAACUGUUUAAUGUAGGAGCUCAAUAGAUCUUUUUGUGUGGUCUCAUAUAACUGUUGCUGCCUUUAUUUUUUUUUCCAUGUAUUUGUUAUAUUAACAAACAUAUUUUGUAUAUUUUUUAUAUCUGUUGCUGUGCUUUUAGUAAGCAGUAUGAAUUAAAAUUUUAGAAUAAAACA